AUGGAGAACUACCAUGUAUUACACUUGGUUGGUCAAGGAUGCUUUGGCAAAGUGUACAAGGGACGACGCCGACACUCGGGUCAGAUCGUAGCCAUGAAGUUCAUCUCCAAGCGGGGCAAGCCUGAAAAAGAUCAGCAGCAGCUCCGUCUUGAGAUCGGCAUCUUGCAACGCUUGGAGCACGAUAACAUUAUUCGUCUUUUAGAUUGGUUUGAAACCAAUACGGAUUUCGUGGUCGUGACGCAGUUCGCGCAUGGAGAGCUGUUCGAGAUUUUUCAGGAUGACAAGCGGUUGCCAGAAGCAGAAGUGAGCAACAUUGCCAGACAGCUAGUCAAGGCGUUGAAUUACUUGCAUUCGCAGAAAGUGAUUCAUCGCGACAUGAAGCCACAGAAUGUCCUCAUCGGGUCCAAUGGCACCGUGAAGCUUUGCGACUUCGGAUUUGCUCGGGCCAUGUCCUCUGAUACCACCGUUCUCACCUCCAUAAAGGGGACUCCGUUGUACAUGGCACCAGAACUGGUGCAGGAAAGGCCGUACGAUGGAAGUGUUGACUUGUGGUCUUUGGGUGUAAUUUGCUACGAGCUCUUUGUCGGGCAGCCGCCAUUCUACACGAACUCGCUCGUGUCGCUGGUCCGGCUGAUUGUCCAGAAGCCUGUGCGGUAUCCAGAAUCCAUGUCGGAAACCUUCAGGUCAUUUCUGCAAGGCUUGCUGCAGAAGGAUCCAAAGCAAAGGCUCGGAUGGCCGGAUUUGCUGCAUCAUCCUUUUGUCCGAGAUCCAGAUGCUUUGCCUGCCCCCAUGCCCCGUGCACCAAGCAGGAAGGAGCUGGAGAUGCUGCAGCCACCUGAACCGUGGGAAGCAGCCGCCAAUCGUCCAGACGAGAGCAUUGACUUCGCUGGUGAUUUGAAUGUGCUGAACGGGGCAUUGCGCGCCGUCCACCCGGAACAGCUGAGUCCACGGAAUCUGGUGCGGCUGGUUGGUGUUUUCGCCGCUUGGAAGGAUUUUCUGGAGCCUACACUGGCGACGCUGAAGUCGGGCAUGCUCCUGCUGAAGCAUUUGGUGAAGUUGCCGAACGCGACCACGUCCGGAUUACCCUGGGGCUGUGCAGUGCAGGCAGCGCUUGAGUUGCUGCUUCGCUUGUUCGAGCCGGUGGCCAAAGACGAGCGCAUGACCGAGUUGCACACAGAGCUCCAGACCCAUCGAACUAUUGCUACUAUCAUGCAAUUCCUUGCGGGAGCUCCGGUGGACCCGGGAAACGAUUCGCUGACACCUGCCGUUUCAUCCUCGCUUCAACUUUUGGUCGCAUUGGUUCUGCACCACCAUUUGCUGGCCUUUGAGUUCGUCCAACAUGGAGGAUUGCAGAUGGUCGUCAGCCGACGAUUGCUGUCCCCGGGGCUAGCUACCGGCUCCGCAGACAGCGCAGCAGCUGUCGUCGAUGUCUUGGUGAUGAUAUCCCAGUUGGCUCGGUUGUCGCGGGAGUACUACCCAUUGUUGCGGAGCAUGAACUUGUGCAUGGCGCUGCGAGAUUUGCUUUCUUGUGGCAACGCCAGCGUCCGGGCGAAAGCUUUGAAUGCUGUGGGAAACAUGGUUCGUCAUUCGGAUGAGUUCUACGAGAGUAUGCUUGAGGAUGGAGUGCUCAGCCGGCUUAUCGAGCUUUGUGGCGACAGUGAUUCCGCUUGCCGCAAGUUCGCCUCCUUUGCUUUGGGCAACUCGGCCUUCCAUUCCGAUGCUUUGUACCGCGACUUAGCCCCGGCUGUACCGCGACUACUUCGAUUGCUGCAGGAUGUCGAGGAGAAAACACGCGCGAAUGCAGCGGGUGCGAUCGGCAAUCUCGUCAGGAACUCCAAUGAGCUUUGUGGAGUCAUGGUUCGCGAGGGCGCUGCCCAAGGCCUUUGUGAGCUGAUAUUGUCCCGCUGCCCGCGGCGAGCAGAGCCCGUGGACAAGUUGGUCGCCGACUCCUCGGUGAAGAUCGCACUGUUCUCCUUGGGAAACUUGGCGGUGCAUUCGGAAUGCCGCGCUGAGCUCAAAUGCUCCACACAGGCGCGGGAGCUUUGCCACUACCUGAUGAAGAUCACCCAGCCAGAUGACAUUGUACACAAGUACUCCGGCCGCUUGCUGCAGAAGCUUUCCCGGUGA